AUGACGUUGCAUACCAUUAGAUUAAUCCAAUAUUGUAAGAAACUAAAACAGUUGAUACAUAGUGCUCAAGAAAGCAAAGCGAACGAUAGUGACACAACAUACCCAGCAGCGCCACCUAUUCCUGUGUUACCUGAAGUUAAAGAGAAACACAAACCACUGAAACCAAUUCCAUUCAUCCCUCCCAAUCAUAACAGUAAAUUUGCUCAAGGUAUUGGAGAUCCACCUCCUGUAAUAGAUGAAAUAUCUAAUCAUAUUUUACUGAGAAGAUCUGUAGCUACUGUUUGUGCUCAUACUGGAUUUGAUACGUCCACUGAAUCAGUAGUUGAAACAUUGACUGAUAUUUUAAACGAGUUUUAUUUGAAUUUCACACAUCAUUUACGAGCGGCCGCAGAUAACGCAGCAUUUAAUUCUAGACUCAACUUUCCUGAUGUUAUAGAGCAAGUUUAUCAUGAAAUUGGUUUUGGUAGUAUAACUUGUCUCCAUGACUACUACCAGACUCGUGUUGUCAGAUAUCGUGAGAAUCUAGAAAGACAGUGCCACCUGCUGGCUCAGGAAUACGAGAAACUUCAGGAACCUUCUCAACAAAAAUCAUCUGCUUCACAACCAGAUACUUUCCAUGUCAUCAGGAUUAAAGAAGAAGCAUGUUCUGAGAUACAAUUCCCUUCCCUAGAUGAUAAUGAUGAGGGUGGGGAAACAGAACAUUUGUUACAAUUAGAUGGUUUGGGAAGUUUUGAGAUAACAGUUGAACAAGAAACAACGUCUGGUUUAACAACAGAAGUGGAAUCAAAAUGGAGUCACGGAGGAAAAUUGGAACAUCAGGAUAGCAAGAGUAAAUCUGAGUCAAUAGACGAAACAGAUGAUCAAACCAUAGAAACACCGGCCGAUCAUCUUAGUGAUGGAUUUAUGUCCCCUGGUUCAAUCCCAGUCACCGAUAUCUUAUCGCCACCUUCUAUCUCCCGUCCGAGUAAACCCAAGAAAAACUUAACAUACCAUACUCAAGGACAGAAUUUAAAUUUUUAUUGCCGAGUCAAAGGCACCUAUCAAACUAUUUUGAUCUUUGUUUCAGAAAAAAGUGAGAAACUGAAAGCCAAUGAAUGGAAAGUUGAAAAAUAUAGUUAA